AAAACAUUGAAUAAACUAGAGUUCUAAUCAUACACCAUAUUACACAUAAUCACAUAUUAUAUACAUAGAUGAUGCAUACGCUGCUGCUAGGCUCACAAGCAGACACACAGACGUUGGACUAGAAAGGGAAUGAAAGUUUGAGUUGGAUAGAGAAGUUCAGUUGCAAUACAUAUACAAGUUAAUGGAAGGCAAUACAAGUGGGAGAUUCAAGAGAAUCUGUGUCUUCUGUGGAAGCCAUCCUGGCCGUAGAAAGGUUUUCAGUGAUGCUGCUCUUGACUUGGGAGAUGAACUGGUUGAUAGAAAGAUUGACUUGGUGUAUGGUGGUGGUAGUGUUGGUUUGAUGGGAACCAUUUCCCAGAGAGUUUACGAGGGAAAAUGUCAUGUACUUGGGAUUAUUCCUAAAGCUCUUGUGCCUCUGGAGAUAUCUGGCGAGACUGUUGGAGAUGUAAGAAUUGUUUCAGACAUGCAUGAGCGUAAAGCUGAAAUGGCGCGAGAAGCUGAUGCUUUCAUUGCUCUUCCAGGAGGAUAUGGAACCAUGGAAGAACUAUUGGAGAUGAUCACUUGGUCUCAACUUGGAAUUCAUAAAAAGCCGAUUGGUCUACUAAAUGUUGAUGGUUAUUACAACUCUUUGCUAGCGUUAUUUGACACCGGUGUAGAAGAAGGUUUCAUCAAGCCCAGUGCUCGGGACAUAAUUCUCUCAGCUCCAAGUGCCAAAGAACUUUUGAUACAGAUGGAGCAAUAUAUUCCUUCCCAUGACAAUGUUGCUCCUCAUGAGAGCUGGGGGAUGGAGGAGCUGGGCAAGUAUCCAAAGUAACAAGAUCCACAAUGUCUUCUCUCUGAAAUAGGUUUUUCUUGCAUUGAUUUGUGAUAUGAUUCAUCCUACUAGGCUGUAUACGAGAAUCUGUUCAGGUGUGCAGCAGAUAAUGCUAAUAGUACUGUGUUGUCCUUCCAUUCUUGUGAUAUGAUUGAACGAGUCAUUCUUUCUAUAUUGCCAAAGUAAGAUUAAAUUAUGAUAAUAUGGUCAAACAUGAACUGUUUGCCAUCAUUUUGGGUGA